ACGGACUUUAUUGUGUGCAACACAAGCUAAGUUACUUUGACCUGAGUUUUGGGAAUAUCUCGGUUGGGUUAUAAAAUCGAUUAUUAAAUUAAUAUUAAUAAGUGGGUAUAAUCAUGCGCUUAGCGCGGCUGCAGGCUGUGGGCGCCUGGGUCUCGGGGCGCGCUGUGCGGCGCGGGGCGGAGCGGGGUUAUCGGUGCGGGUUUAACAGAUCGGUGAAGUUCAGGCGCUUCUCCACUGAUCUCAGACCCGCCCGUAUCGCCUGCGCCUCGGGCUUCUGGGGAGACACGGCUACUGCAGUUCCUCAGCUCAUUUAUGGGGGUAGGCUGGAUUUCCUUGUGUUUGAUUACCUGUCAGAAAUCACCAUGUCUCUUCUCACAGCAGCUAAAGCUAAGAGUCCUAAUAUGGGCUAUGCUCCAGAUUUUGUUCUUGCUGCUAUUUCACCAUUUAUUAAGGACAUCAGCCAAAAAGGUAUUCGUGUGAUUAGCAAUGCUGGUGGGGUCAGUCCUCUCGCCUGUGCUGCUGCUUUACAGGAAGUGGUGCAAAAUGCAGGUCUCAGCCUAAAAGUGGCUGUGGUAACCGGCGAUGACUUAUUGCCACAGAAAGACUCUCUGGGCAUGCUGAGGACGGCUGAAGGAAAGAAAACUCUUCCCAAAACUGUGAACAGUAUGAAUGCAUAUCUCGGUGCUCUACCAAUUAAGCGGUGUUUGGACCUCGGAGCUGAUAUCGUGGUGACUGGGCGCUGUGUGGACAGUGCAGUGGUGCUCGGACCUUUGAUGCAUUCAUUCGGAUGGGGGCGGAGCGACUAUGAUCUCCUGGCUGCUGGAAGCCUCGCAGGACAUCUGAUAGAAUGUGGUGCUCAGGUCACUGGAGGAAUUUUCACAGAUUGGCACAAAUCUCCAGACUGGGAUAACAUUGGUUUCCCUGUGGUUGAAUGCUCUGCUGAUGGCUCCUUUACACUCUCCAAACCUCCUAAAACCGGUGGGCUGGUGUCAUUUGGUACAGUGGCUGAGCAGUUAGUGUAUGAAAUCGCUGAUCCACAGCGCUAUCUUCUACCUGAUGUCUCGUGUGACUUCUCUCAGGUCACCAUCACUGAGAUACCAGGUGUGGAUGGUGGAGCUGUCAGAGUGGGCGGAGCAAGAGGAUCACCCCCAUCAGGUGACUACAAGGUCUGUGCCACAUACAUGGAUGGGUUCAGGGCUACAGCAGUGUGUCCUGUUGGGGGUCCCAGAGCUGCAGAAAAAGCCAGAAGAACAGCAGAGAGCAUUAUCAAAAGAACCAGACGCAUCUUCAGACAGUUGGGGCUGGAGGAUUACAGUGACAUUAAUAUCCAGGUUCUGGGUGCUGAAGAUACAUAUGGACCACAUGCAUGCAACACUAUUGCACUUCGGGAAGCAGUGCUGUGGAUGGCUGUUCAUCACAAGCAGAAGAAAGCUCUGGAGCUUUUCUCUAGAGAAGUGGCUCCAGCAGGAACAGGCAUGGCUCCUGGACUCACCGGCAUUGUUGGAGGCAGACCUAGAGUAUCACCUGUACUGAAGCCUUUUUUCUUCCUACAUCCUAAAACUGAACUCAAGGUUCAGAUCCAUCUUAAUGGAGAGCUGGUAGAGACUUUUACAGAGGCUGACUCUUCCUCUGCUGGAGGACACGCCCCUUCCCCAUCACCUGACGCAACCAGUUCCAGGCUCAUAGACCUGCCCUCUGGUCCUCACAGCUACAGACUUGAAGACCUGGCGUAUACAAGGAGUGGAGACAAAGGAGACUCUGCAAAUAUUGGGGUCAUUUCCAGACAUCCAAGUUAUUUCCCCUACCUGAAGAAGUUUUUGACUGCUGAUGUGGUGGAGGAAUACUUCCAGCACCUGAUUAAGAAAGACAAAACAGACCAACCCUCCGUUAAACGGUAUGAGCUGUCUGGUAUCUGUGGUCUGAACUUCGUGCUGAGUGGCUCUCUGGGAGGAGGAGGCGUGGCCUCUCUGAGGAGCGACCCUCAGGGUAAAGCGUAUGGACAGAUGCUGCUGGACUACAGACUGACUGGCCUGCCUGAUCUGAAGUCUCUGGUAGAGUCAGAAGUCUGAGGAAUAGGAGGGAAUAAACAAAUGAAAAAGUAAAAUAUUAAUGAUUUAAGACAGACCGUGGAUUAAUGCAGUUUUUGUCCUUGCAGUGAAACGUGAGUAGUUAGAUUUUGAGCAUUUUCAGCAGGUCUGUGUGUGUAUUAUUAUUAUAAAUACACAGUGAGGGUGUUCAGGACUAACUGCAGCUGAUAAUACAGAAAGUACAGAUAAUGAUUGUUGCCUUAUUAAGCUAUGUUAAAGUUUUAAUGUCCUGUGGUAAUAAUGUUAAUAAUGAUAUUUGUUAAAAGAUUGAAAUCCAUAAUGGAGUUUUGUUAAAUAAAUAAAUUCAUUUUAUAAU